AUGGCUUCCACAAUCUCGUCUCUCGUUUACUCAUACGCCCAACAACUCGCACUCCAUUCCCUGGGUCGUAUCUCGGGUGCACAGCUCAAGGUUAUUCUCCUGUAUCAGGAUCCGCCAGAAGAGAUUCAAGUGGGAACUAUCGAUGGCGCUGAGCAGCCAGAAUCAACAGUUACACUAAAUGUCCGAAGUCCGAAACUCAUCCAGGAAGUUCGCCAAAAUAUCUCGGCGCACUAUGAUGUAUCCAACCAACUCUUCGCUGCAUUCCUCUCCUCAGACAUGAAUUACUCCUGUGCCCACUGGAAAGGCGAUCCACUCGAGUCACUGGAUUCAGCGCAGAACCGCAAGGUCAGGAAUCUCCUCCGCAAAGCUCAGAUUUCGUCCUCACAUCAUGUUCUGGAUAUUGGCUGCGGAUGGGGCGAUUUGGCCAUCAAAGCGGCUCAGACAACGGGCUGCCGAGUGACGGGAUUGACCCUCUCAGACAAGCAGAAGAGCCUCGCGGAUCAGAGGGUUAAGGAGGCUGGGCUAGAGGAUCGGGUGCGAAUACUCCUCUGCGAUUAUCGGGAUAUAUCUGGGCCGGAUAACGAUGGCCUAUUGUAUGACCGUGUGAUUUCGGUAGGAAUGUUUGAGCAUGUCGGCCCUGAGUACUUGGACCAGUACUUUGAAAUUAUAUCUCGGCUUCUGCACCCUACUCAUGGAUUGAUGGUCAUCGAUGGGAUCACCAUGACCAACACGCUCCGCGAGACCAAAUCCAAUGUCCCGACCUUCAUCGGUCGCUACAUCUUCCCGGGGGGUUACCUACCAACCAUUCACAUGCUCCUCGAUUCCCUCCACCGGGGCUCUGACGGAAGCCUAGAGGUAACUUCCGUCCAGAAUAUCGGCCCUCAUUACGGGAAGACACUGUCGGCAUGGCGAAAUAACUUCCUUGACAAUUGGAAAUCAAUCGAAUUGGACUAUCGUGACGAACACCAUGAGGAAUCGGAUUCGGAGGUGGAGAUGUUUCGUCGGCAGUGGCUAUACUAUUUUACUUACUGCGAAGCGGCGUUUCGUGAGAGGUUAUUGGGGAAUUACAUCAUUGCUGCGGCGAAGACACCAGAGCCAAUGAUGGAAUUUGAUGAUAGCCUUGGGCGGAUGAUUGAGAAGUAA